UUAAGGGAGGGGUGAGGUGGGGAAAGAGGCGGCCCUGUAUAAAAGAAGCUGCCUUGAGAUUUCUAAAAUUCAUACAAAAACUUCCUAGGUAAGGAAACUUACCAGAUUUUGGCACCUGAUCUUUAGUGAUGGACCCAGAAGCAACCUCAGUUUACUCGGAUUACUCCUAUGUUACAAGCCCAAGUCCUGAUGAGAUGGAGAGGAUCCACGCCCAUGUUCCUUACACGUCGGUUUUCCUUCCCAUCUUUUACACAGCUGUGUUCCUGAUCGGAGUGCUGGGGAACCUCCUCCUCAUGAGUGUGUUGCACUUCAAACGAGGCAGCCGAAGACUGAUUGACAUCUUUAUCAUCAACCUGGCCGCCUCUGACUUCAUAUUCCUCAUCACGUUGCCUCUCUGGGUGGAUAAAGAAGCAUCUUUAGGACUGUGGAGAACAGGCUCUUUCCUGUGCAAAGGCAGCUCUUACAUGAUCUCAGUCAACAUGCACUGCAGUAUCUUUCUGCUCACCUGCAUGAGUGUGGACCGCUACCUGGCCAUUGUGCGUCCACCAGUAUCCAAGAAAGUCAGAAGGAGAGACUAUGCCUAUGGAGUCUGUGCCACUGUCUGGUUUAUCUCCUGCCUCCUGGGGUUGCCUACUCUUCUGUCCAGGGAGCUCACCCUGAUUAAGGAUAAGCCAUACUGUGCAGAGAAAAGGGCCACUUCAAUUAAACUGACUUGGGCCCUGGUGUCCUUAAUUUUUACCUUUUUCACCCCUUUGGUGAGCAUUGUGACCUGCUACUGUUGCAUUGCAAGGAAGCUGUGCGCCCAUUACCGGCAGACGGGAAAGCACAAGAAGAAGCUGCGGAAAUCCAUAAAGAUCAUAUUUAUUGUCGUGGCAGCUUUUGUCUUCUCCUGGCUGCCCUUUAAUACUUUCAAGCUCCUGGCCAUUGUCUCUGGGUUGCAGCAAAAACUCUGCUUUUCCUCCUCUUCUCUCCAGCUGGGCAUGGAGGUGAGUGGGCCCUUAGCAUUUGCCAACAGCUGUGUCAACCCUUUUAUUUACUAUAUCUUUGACAGCUACAUCCGCCGGGCCACCGUGCACUGCUUAUGUCCUGGCCUGAAGAACUAUGACCUUGGGAAUAGCACUGAGUCAUCAGAUAGUCACCUCACUAAAGCGUUCUCCAACUUCAUUCAUGCAGGGGAUUUUGCCAGAAAGAGAAAGAGGUCUGUGUCGCUCUAAAACGGACUGUAACUUUUCAAGCUCUGUUGGUGGAUUGAACAGUUAAUUUGGGUCAACAAAAAGAAAGAAGAAAAGUAUUGCUGAAGGUAUUAAUAUUGCUUCAUAAAUGCAAGGAAGAGUUAAUUUUUUAUUAAAGAAACGCAAAAGUCCUCGUGCUUGUGGAUAUAAGUAGGCCAUAUGCUGAUUUGGUUUUAUUUGUUUUUUUGUUUUUGCUUUUUUAGCUGAAUGGCCUUAUUUGACCCUUGCCAAUCCAAUUCACCAGGCAAUAUACAACUCCUGUAUGUCCUUGAUCUCUGAGAGAAAGCCUCCUUCUCGGACCAGUUUCUUUCGUUGUAAUUCUUAAUGCACACUUAGGCCUUUUCCUUUCUCAAGAACCAUGGUACCUUGGUCCACACUACCCUUCAAACUGGACUCCAAAGUGGACUAUAUUUAAAGGAUCCUGCCCACUUUCAUCUGGUGAGAAAUGUGGUGUCACUGUAGGUAGCAACAAAUAUAGUAUACCUGUGCUCUGUAAUUAAUUGUUCCGAUCAGU